CGUUCAAACGAUGACUUCCUCUUCACCGAAUGAUCCACGGCAUUGGCACCACACAAGCACAUUGCCCCAGACAAGGAAUGAACACCUUUACGAAUUUCUUACAACAUGUGUUUUACUGGAUAGGCAUAUCAACACUAAAAUCAUUUGCGGUGCACACAAUUCUUCUGCUUCUAUUGCAGAACACACAGCCUAAUUCAGCUAAUCGCCCUUCAGAGCCACACAAAUGUUUUCGGCCUUGUAAAUGGCCCUCUAGACCCUUGACUUGUCGUUAUGAGUUCACCCUUGAGUGGUACCACACUAUGUCAACUGCCUGCUACGAUUGUCCAGCCAACCAGACAGACUGUAACCGGCCACACUGCAUACCGGUCAACGGCGUACCACGAACUGUCGCAGUCGUCAACAGACAGUUUCCAGGUCCCAGCAUCGAGGUUUGUGAAUGGGACACCAUUGAAGUCAAAGUUGAAAAUAACUUGGUGGGCAGUGAAGGCGUGACAAUCCAUUGGCAUGGUUUGCAUCAGCGUGGGACACCUCACAUGGACGGAACACCGCUCAUCACCCAGUGUCCUAUCCCAUUCGGAUCCAGCUUCACCUACCGAUUCCAAGCACUGACGCCAGGUACCUACUUCUGGCAUUCACAUGGGUUGCAAAGACCGGACGGUGCUGUGGGAACGUUGAUCAUUCGGACUGGUGCUCGUGACGAUGUGCUUGACGACUUGUACGAUCAUGACCUGUCGGAACAUGUCAUCAUCGUACAAGAUUGGAUCAACCAACUAUACAUCGAUAGAUACGCAAGGAUAGCUUUUCACGACAUGGCAAAGUCACCGGACUCCAUUCUCAUCAAUGGAAGGGGGAGAUACAGAGAUUUUCUCUGUAGAACUCCGAAAAGAAUGAAUAUUCCAAGGCAUGCUUUCCACGUUAAGAAGGGAGAGAGGUACCGGUUCCGCACCAUCGGAAAUAGUGCAAUGGCGUGCGCGUUCGAAGUAUCCGUUGACGGGCAUAAUCUCACAAUCAUCGGUACAGAUGGUUCGCCAGUGCAGCCCAUUCGGGUCGGUGCCUUUGGAAUAUCGAGCGGGGAGAGAUAUGAUUUUGUCUUGGAGGCUAGGGCACGCAUUGGGAAAUACUGGAUGAGGGUUAAAGGUCGUGAUGCAUGCAUGGGCAUGCACGAAUUAGCCCUCGUGGUGUAUGAAGGUGCUUCAUAUUACCCCGAUCCUCCAGAUGAAAAACAACUGGAUUCUUUUGGUACUCUUCUUAAUCCUUACAACAUCAAAGCGGAGGAGAAUCAAAAAUACACAUCUGUCCUGAAUGCCAACGAACUCAAUGCAACCCGCAUCGAGAUAUCACGUGAUCCUGAUAUCGUUCAUUAUGUGGGUAUCGAUAUGCCUUUAGUCAACACCAAUUAUUACACCCAUCCGAGGCACUCCUUGGCUCUACAAGAUAACGGUGACAGACCAACCACCACGGGCUUAUUCUCAGCACAGAUCAAUCACGUUUCCUUCAGGCCACCCAAGGUGCCACUUCUUACACAAUCUCGCGAGAUACCAAGAACAGAAAUCUGCCGGUUUGAGAAGGAGGCCAGUAAAAUACAGCGCUGUAAGAACGAAUACUGCGAAUGCACGCAUGUACUUGAAGUUGAACUUGGUCAGGUGGUAGAGUUGGUGAUUGUCAAUGAGGCACAGCGCAACUUCAACGCUCAUCCGAUGCAUCUCCAUGGCAACCGAUUUCAAGUUCUAGCAGCAGACAAGGUUGCAAAUGUGACAUCAGUUGAAGAAGUCAUGCGUCUUGAUGAAGCAGGUCAGAUUACUCGGCGGAUUCUAAAGGCUCCCCUCAAGGACACCAUAUCUGUACCGGACGGAGGCUACGUCAUAAUCCGAUUCCUUGCAGAUAACCCUGGUUGGUGGCUAUUUCAUUGCCACACUGAAGUCCACCUGUCGGCCGGUAUGUCCAUGGUGAUUCGCGUUGGAUCGGAAGACAACCUGCCUCGAUUACCAAGCAAUUUACCGAGAUGUGGUGGCGACUGGUACCCACCGGAUCUUCGCACGCUAGAAACUACAGCCACACCUUAAUCACGUUGGUACCCCGUUAAUGUCAGUGGUUGUCAAUUGCAUGGUGCUAUACUCAGAGUAGACUGGUUUAUGUGAUGAAGGCUUUAGAAAGGCCAAUUCACAGGGCAAGGAAUUAAGAGAUAUCGCUGUGAAAAAAAUAUCGCACAAUUAGGUUUAAUUGUAAUGCUCCUCGGAGUUUAUGUAUCUCAGGUAAUUCCUGAAAUUAGGUGAUCUGAAAUAAAAUGGUGAAAAAGUUACCAAUAAAAAUGUAAAUUCAAGCGUCAAAGUUCGAGUAUCGUUACAAGUCAAGGAGUGAAUAAAUAACAAUAUAAACCCGUAUUCUUGGCAUUCAAAAUAACCAUGUGCAGCUGGUUGCUGUGCUAAGGAUAGGAUCUCUGGGGAGGGCUGUUCAAGGUUUGCCUGGGCGUGGCAAGGAAAGGCCCCAAUGUAAUGACCAAGUAAUUUAUAGUAUGAGACAACGUAGUUCAACCCCUAGAGUAGAGUUAUGGUGCUUUAACCUUAAGCUACCCCACACUUUGAGACAAUCACCUAGCCGCACCUUUGUAGUUUUCAUAAUUAUUUACCAAGAAGUUUGCAUUCGUUUGUCGCAGCUUUUCAUAUGAUCUAUAUGUGAUUUUUUAAAAUUAAUUCAAACUGUGGUCAAGAUGCCCUUAAAAUAGAAGUAUGGGUGGUAAUAGUUAUUGUGUGGGUGUGUGGGGUGUGUGUGUGUUAUAAAGUGAUUCAUGCAAUUUGAGCCGGCAAACAUCUCUCUGUUUUACAUCUGUAUGUCUCGCCGCAACCCCUGACUACGUUAGAAUAUUUAAGCUCACAUCAAUUCAGGAAAUUCACUUGGGUCAGCGUACCCAGCUUUUUUUAUAACAUGGCCUGAAGCUGAUGAAACCAAGCAGCAAUUCGACCAAUGACCUGUUCAAAAAUAAGCUUGAGAAAGGCAUUAAUAAAGGGCGUCAGGAAUGUUUUCAUUUGGACAAGAAUUCUGCUAUUCCGACCUGCGAGUAGUGACAGAUCAGUAGCUCUCUCGAAGAGUGUUAGCUUAUUGAGAUUGCAUGUUUGAAGGCGGUGUCUGUAGAUCGUUAAAAUUCAUUACACUUCAAGGAAACUUGCGAUUUCUCGAUUAUUUGUUGUCAAGAACACCUGAGGCGUGCGUACGCCAGUACAACAUUUUCAGUUUCUUUUUCCGCAAUAAUCUUCAAUCCUAACAGCGACGUCGUUGCUAUUCACCAGGGAUUUCAAUUUCAGCAAGAUCUCUGGUACACUCUGUGGCGUUCUUCUACGUCUGAACCCAGUGUUUGCCAUGGGGCAGGAUUUUGAUAUGUGAUUUAACGUCAGAAAUUGUCCCAAAGGUUGAGAGACAUAAAGAAACAUGUAACUACACAGCCGUUAGGAUCUCAUGCUUUCGUUCCCAUAAAAGGAAUGGCCCAUUUGAUAAAAAAAACAUGGUUGUGUCAAAGUUUGGAUUUUGUAUCAAAUUUAAGCCAAAUCAAAUUUAAACUUUUGAAAAUAUUCCGCCGAUAAUUCCACACUGUUUACCCCAAAAUAUUGUUUAAGCCUGGUAAACUCUUGGAGUCGCGCUUUUCUGAAAUACCAUAUAAAUUUACUAAGGUUCGUUCAUUUUCACUAUUUUAACAAAAGUAAAGUGAUUAUACUUAAACGUUAUUAACCAGCAGUUGGUAUCUAUAGAGGCACAACCAGGUGACUUUUAAUAAAGUCCUAAAAUACAAGUAAAAAA